GUGUAACGCAACGGGAUGACGUAUGACGUGCGGUGUUUCUUUGUCGCCGUUGGAGUUUGAGAAGUUCAAAGUCUUUUGGCGACGCUGUUAUGACGCCGACAGUCGCGAAAAAAUCGUUAAGUGGGACAGGCCCCUAACAGUUGGUGUCAGCGGAACCAGAGGAAGAAAUGAAGUGCGUGUGUGUGCGCGCGCUGCGUGAUUUGAUGGCGAUGUUUGGACCACUGUGUCUUUAUCUCUUGCCGAUAAGCGUAUACAAGCCCAGCCGCUGCAAUCUAUCAACAUAUGACAGUCCCGCCAUCCCGGGAAUCUACGCUGCAUUCCCUCAAUAGCAAGAAUGUUGUUCCUCAAGCUUGAAGACCAAAACUGCACACAAUACUCCAGUUGGGCUGGAAAUUCUAUGAUGCUGAUGACUACCAUUCCGAAGAAAACAAAGAAAGGAUGGCUAAAGGAAUGCCACUAAGUGACGAGGAGAGAAUACCUUGGCUGUGCAGUUUGCAAGAAAUACUACUGAGAGAAUUUUCACUUGGUGUAAAUGUGAUCCUCGCAUGUUCUUCUCUGAAGAGAAUGUAUCGAAGAAUUCUAAUGGGUGAGCAUAGUAUGAAAAACAGACAAGCAGAAAACUAUACUGAACCAAAUCAGGCACAUUCACAUCUUGACUUUAGCAAGGACAUUUUGUUUGUGUAUCUUCAUGGUUCCAUAGAACUUAUCACUAAGAGGUUAGAAACCAGAAAAGGGCAUUUCAUGUCACCAUCUUUGCUGCAGUCUCAAUUCGACACCCUGGAACCACCAGACGGCACUGAAAAUUUUAUGAGUAUAAAUAUUGAGAAAACCAUUCCAGAGAUGGUGACUGAGAUUGGUAAAAAGCUGGGUCUGAAUAUUUAACUGAUUAUCUGAAGGAAAGCGAUGGUUGUGAAAUAUGUUCCUGAACAAUGAAAUUUGUUGUUAAAAUGGAAGCAAAGCUAUUUGCUUUCAUAUCAUUAUACUGCAAAUUUAAUUAUGUUCCGAGUUUGUGAUAUUACUUUUUUUUUAAGCCAGAAAUCUCAAAGUCUCACUCUUCUUCACAAUAUUCAGUUUUGCAAAUUUCUCCUUUGCCAAGGGGGAAAAUCAAAGAUGUGAAAUUUAACCAGUUUGUAAAAUGCCUUAAUGUUGUGUAAAAAACAUGUGCCACUUAUUCUAGCCUUAUGUAAAUUAAAUUUUAUUCAUAGUUCCA